AGCAGCUGGCAGAGCCAGGAGCUGGCUGAAAGCAGCAGGGUGGGGAUUGGUGAUUUAAGGGUUCAGCUCAUGAAUUCUCCCAGGGCAGGCUGGAAAUGGGAGAGACUGUGUCGGGUUAGAGGGACCCCAGGAGGAAUGGGAGCUCAGCAUCUAAUCUCCCUAGACCACUUCUCUGUAGUGGGGAUGCUAAGACAUAGACACACUUGUACCCGCGUUGGGGCGAGUGGGAGCCCUACUGUAGGCUGGGUUCUGGUAGCUUGGGGCAUUUUCAUCACUAUCUUAAUUAAGCCUGCUGAGCUGUUGGAAACAUCUCUAUACAGCUCCCUAGUGGAGAGGUGGUCUCUGGGGCUCCUUGCAUCUUGCGCCAAGGCCAUGCUGUCUGCAUCUGGGGUCAUUAUCUUAUCAUGUCCCUCUUUCUACCUGUAGCCCGGUAUCCGUGACCACUGCUCUCCUGGCUACAUGCCCAGGAGAAGAUGAGGUUUUUCUAAGUACUACCACAAUUCCAAGCUUCUGAGGGGUUGUUACGAACUGUGAGUCAAAGAGCCCUUUGGUGACAGAAUGACAGUAUGGAUGUUGGGGAUAGUCCCUGUCUCCCAGACUGCAUCCUCUAUGAGAUUUUCCUGUACCUGGACCACGUAGAUGUGCUCUCGGUGGGGUUGGUGUGUCGGCAAUGGCAUGCGGUGGCCCGGGAUGAGUUCCUGUGGAAGGAGCUGUUCUAUAGAUACUACAGGGUCUCUCGGGAAGUGCCACGGCAUCCAGCUGCUGUUUCCUGGUACGAGGACUUCCAGAGGCUCUAUGACACCAUCCCCUGUGUUGAAGUGCAGACCCUGACGGAGCACAAUGACCAGGUCUUGCACCUUAGCUUCUCCCACACAGGUUACCUGUUUGCAUCCUGCUCCAAGGACUGCACAGUUAAGAUCUGGAACAACGAGCUGGCCAUUUCCCUGCUCCACAGCUCCAACAUGAGGCUGUACAACUGGAGCUACACCCAGUUCUCCCAGUUCAACUCGGAUGACUCCCUCCUCCUGGUGUCAGGGGUCUUUGUGGGGCCUCGCAACUCCUCAUCAGGAGAGAUCGCUGUCAUUAGCCUGGAGAACUUCACACUCCUCUCCAGGGUGAGGAAUAAGCCCUAUGAUGUCUUUGGCUGCUGGCUGAAUGAAACCAACUUGAUUUCCGGCAACCUGCACCGAAUUGGGCACAUCACCUCCUGCUCUGUGCUGUGGCUGAACAAUGCCUUCCAGGGCAUAGAGUCUGAGAAUGUGAAUGUAGUGAAGAGACUAUUCAAAAUCCAGAACUUGAAUGCCAGUACCAUCCGGACAGUGAUGGUGGCAGACUGCAGCCGCUACGACGCCCCGGAUCUGCUCCUGGACUACAAGGAGCAGCUGGCUGCUGCCACCUCUCCCUACCAGGUCUUUGAUCUUGGCAGUGACAGUGAGGAAGAGGAGGUGAAGCCCAAGCAGAAAGUGAUGCCAGAGCCAGUGGCGCAGGCAUCGCUGGAUGGUGGGAGCGGGACAGCAGAGGAUGGGCUGCAGCAGUUCCUGGAUGACAUCCUUGAAGGCCGUGUGAUGCCCGUCCUGAGUGAGAGAGAGCUGGAGACAAAGGUGGCAGAGCUGCUUGCUAGGAACCGGACUAAACCACCUGAGCUAAACCAGCUCCCCACAGAGGCCAGCAACAAGAAGAAGUACUUAAUCUUCACCACAGGAUGCCUCACCUACUCUCCACAUCAGAUAGGGAUUAAGCAGAUCUUGCCUCAUCAGAUGACGACUGCUGGACCGGUGCUUGGGGAGGAGAGACGUUCGGACGAGUUCUUUGAUUCACUGGAUCAUGUCAUCGACAUCCACGGUCACAUUAUUGGGAUGGGCCUUUCUCCUGAUCACAGGUACCUGUAUGUGAACAGCCGGUCCUGGCCGCGGGACUGUGUGAUCUCUGAUCCCAUGCAGCCACCCCCCAUCGCAGAGGAGAUUGACCUGCAUGUGUUUGAUCUGAAGACUAUGAAGGAGGUGAAGCGAGCCCUCCGCGCGCACCGGGCCUACACCCCCAACGAUGAAUGCUUCUUCAUCUUCCUUGACGUCAGCAGGGACUUCGUAGCCAGUGGGGCAGAGGAUCAUCAUGGCUACAUCUGGGACCGGCACUAUAACAUCUGCCUGGCCAAGCUGCAGCACGACAACGUGGUCAACUCGGUGGUAUUCAGCCCCAUUGAGCAGGAACUGCUCCUGACAGCCAGUGAUGACACCACCAUCAAAGUGUGGCGCUCCCCCCGCACAGUGCGCAUCCACCAAGCCAGGAACCCUAAGCCUCGGAAGCUGCUCUUCUCCUGGCUCAUGAACCAGAAGAGCUGAACCAGGCACCUGCUCAUGCUGCUGCCUCACUCCAGCCACACCCUUUAUUGUGCUUUGGACAGUGGGAGCGUAGAUGGAGUAGCUGUGUGCAAAAGGCCCUGGAAGGAUCCUACCCCAAGAGAGAACCUCAUGCUCCCACCAAUGGCUUGCAUCUGACAAAACUGUUACAAGCUACAGCCUGUGAGCUGGGUCCGAUCUGGGCCUUAGCAGGUCACUGCGGGGCAAAUUCCCCAUCCACAUCUCACCAGUGCUGCUAGUCGGUCAUGCUGCUUGCAGCCAAGCUUUGAUCACUGAUCAGCACAGACUCGGGUGGCUUAUUUUUCUUCGAGAGCUUGGGAUCUAGCCUCACUGAGAGCUGCUGGCUGCAAAGCAGUUGGCCAAAGGGAAAUGUCGCAGCACUGCUCUUGUCACAACAGGACUGUUUUAGUAGCUGUUUGUUUGUCCCAUGUAGGAGGUGCUGACAGUGGUACUGGUUAGCUAGGUCCUGAAUACAAACUGGGGAGUGAAGAGACUUUCAAAAGAGGCUCUCGCUCUAGAAGUGCACAGCAUUAUGGCAUGGGUUUUGGCUUGCCAGCACUAAGAUUCUGCUGACGGCAGCUAGCAACUUUCUGCCCCACGUCUCCACCUCGGGCCUACCAGAGCCCAAGGCAAGUCUUGGUCGCUGCUUUCCAUUAGCUGUGAGCCUGUGCAUCUCCACCACUGGCUUCUACACAAGGGUACGUGGAGAGCUGGUGAGUCACAUGGUACAGGCCUUGGUGAGCUGCUAAAUAACAUUAAGAUGCUACAGUUGCAUUGCCUAAUGUAGUGUUUUCCAGGCAAUCCGCUGCAGUGGUGAUCACAAAGCUGAGGUUCCCCCUUCAAUGGGUCAGAGUUGGCCAUGAGUGUAGCUCAUGCUGUGACAGUUGGAAACUCUUGGUAUUUGGUCUGCAGGACAUAGCAGGCGCCUAUGCCAUCCCAGCUGAUGCCGAGUUGCUCACUAACUGCUACCUGGCUGAGACCUGUCCAAGUAAUCUUUCACUAUGGGUGACUUCUCCCUGCCAUGGUACUGGCCUCCCCAAGCGCCUUUAAGUUCUCAUCUAACAAAUUGUCUAAUGAAACAAUGAGUCAGUCUUUGCUGUGCUCUGUCAUGCUGCACUCCUAGUCUCACCCAAGGCCGCUGGAGCUGAGUGUGAUGAGGCAGCCUGGGAAAGCCAAGACUGAUGGGGGCUUCUAAAACUGGCAGUGGGAGAUGAGGGGAAAAUGUCUCACUUCCAGUAGCUGGACCUGGUCAAAGCUGAUCCCUCUUUAAGAACUAGUUUGUCUUUGAAAAUAGCCCUAGGAUUUUAACUGAGUGAGCUAGGAUCCAAAUCCACAAGCCAGGAUUUCUGAGGUGCUGGUAAGCGCAGCUCCCAGUGCCUUCAAGCUGCAUGUCUCAGCAGCUUUGGACACAGCAGGCUGGAAUUUGGAGGCCUCUGAACUGGGAAGCAGUGGUCGUGGCCUGCGCAGCAGGGGCAGCAGAGAAGGUUGCAUACUUGUUUGUACGCUCUGCUCAAGUAGAGGCACAAGUCAAACUAAAUGGUGCUUCUGCUGCUGUCUGUCAGUCCUUGGGGCUGUUGCUACCCUCCUCCAGCAGCAGGCUCCAGGGGCUCCACUCUCAUCUCCUCACCUGCAGUUCACAUACCAGGUCUGUCUGUCACUAGCAGCAACAACUGCCCCAGAGAGCAGGGAGGUUUUGUCUGCAAAUGGUUCGGAAAACAUGGAUGCUUCCCUUGGAGCUGUUUGACCACUAACAAAACUAAAUUCACUCCCCCAGCGUGGGGAUUUUUUAAAUAGUUGGGAGAUCGUGUGAACCCUUCUCCUGCUUGCUGCGUUGGGCUUACGGCCGGCUCCACGCUGCCUGGGCACGGCCAGGACCUGAGCGCAGCAAGAUGGUCUGUCUGCUCAGGCAUUCUGCUCCUCGCUGCAGCAGGGCUCUCUACUACACCGGAUCCAAGCUAGAAUAGUCAGACGGCCUCAUCUUUAGAUGAGGUACAAGCCCAUGUUUGUAACUGCCCCAAACAACCCCCUAUAGCCAAGAACUCUAGUACAGAGGCAAUACGCUAGGAUCCCCCAAGGACUUGAGCAUUGUACUGCUGACUGG